AUGGACGACGUACUGGACAAGCUUCGAGUCCUACGAUACAUACUCCCAGCAGCAGACACUGAAGAACAAUUCGUAUAUUUCGGAUCUCUAGCUGCAUUCCUAAUCAAGAAAUGCGGCAAGAGUUUCGAAGCUCCUGAUCGAGAUGAUGAUCCUAAUGCUGUUUCGGCAGACAUUUUAUCGAAAUGCCGAGAACUGGACUUUGAUCUCGACAUUCCACCAGCACGCUUAAAACAAGGAUAUGGAGAUGGUGUUACUGCUGUCUUGCAAGCGUUGGUGGAUCGGGCGCUUGCUAAAGCCAGGUUCACGUUUCAGAAGCCUGUGUACAAGAAUGAAGAUUAUGCAGAAGAAGCUGAAGUCGACGCAGGUGCAGAAGUCACAGUCGAAGCUGCAGAGGAAGCAGCUACUCGUGAUGACGACGAUGAUAAGGCUGUCAUGAUUGAUAGUAUGUCGCCGACACGAGAGGAAGCGGACAAAUCAUCUCUCGUGGUAUCAACCGUAGACUCUGCGGAAUGGAGACUGGAAGUAGAACGAGUCACGCCCAUGCUGAAGGUUCAGAUUGCUAAUGAUAAUAAGGAUUGGCGUGUUCACUUGGAGCAUAUGGAGCAAUAUAAGCUGAGUAUAGGAACAGGCAUGACGGAAGCAUCUUCGCAACUAGGAAAGAUUCAAACAGAAGUUGACAAGACUCUGGAAAAGAUUUCGAGUCGUGAGAAGUAUAUUAAUGGACAAUUUGAACCGCAGGCGUCUGAAUGUCGAGCUCUACGUGAGCGACUAUCAGAACUAAAGCACCAAUACCAAGGAUCUAGUGGCGCAGUAACUCAAUUGACGAGUGAGUUGUUGCGAGUGUCGGAAGAGUUGGAUUCAGUCAAGUCACGAAUGGAUGAUCUUGGGUCAGGAAUGACGGAUUCCAAACCACUUGCAAGCAUUAACCAGGCAGUGACGCGACUCAAGUCAGAGAUGCAGAAUAUGGACGUAAGAACUGGUUAUCUGGAGCACUCCUUGUGGCAUCGGAACAGUAGUGGUGUUGGUGGACUUGUUAGGUAA